GGUCUCAGCCCCGGCUCGGCGCGGGCAGCCGCGGCGCCCUCUGCUCGGCGCGCACGCGCGGUCCUCACCGACCAGCCGCGGCGUCCGGGCGCCAAGCCCACAGCGCCCUCUGCCGGCCCUCCCACAGACUUAAUCACUAGCCCCAAGUGUUUCUAGUUCUUCACCCUCCAGCUUCUAGGACCAGGUAUCACUUAACAAAGCCAGAGGGGCCGAACCUCAGUUCCCGCAAUGGGCCAAGUGGAAUUUGAGCUGGCCUGCGCCACUCUGAAGCAGUUGAAGGGCCCUGUGAGUGACCAGGAGAAACUGGUGGUGUACAGCUUCUACAAACAGGCCACCCAGGGCGACUGCAACAUCCCUGCCCCGCCUGACACGGAUGUGAAAGCCAAGGCCAAGUGGGAGGCAUGGAAUGAGAAAAAAGGGAUGACCAAGAUGGACGCCAUGAGGAUCUACAUUACUAAAGUAGAAGAACUGAAGAAAAAGGAAAAUGGUUAAGGAGGACAAGGAGUCAAACAAUGAAGUAGCAGGGCUCCUCUGGUAGGGAAAUGGGCUUCUUAAAAGACCUCGAUGGCUGAAAUGUCCCCAAACCGUGGCUACCGUAGCUGAGACCUCAAUAAAUAUUUUAAAAACUGCAUGAGCCCUAACUGCUUUGGCUCAGUGGAUAGUGUCAGCCUGUGAACUGAAGGGUCCCAGGUUCGAUUCCGGACAAGGGCAUGGACCUUGGUUGUGGGCACAUCCCCAGUAGGGAGUGUGCAGGAGGCAGCUGAUCAAUGUUUCUAACUCUCUAUGCCUCUCCCUUCCUCUCUGUAAAA